UAUGUUACUGUGAUGAUGAGCAACCCCCAUAAACUAGGGGUAGUUGUGGUUGGUGCCCACAAUCUUUAUCCUGAAGAUGAUGAAGGUUCAUGCAGUGCCUUUGUGGAGCUUAGCUUUGAUGGUCUGAGGCUACGCACCACUGUUAAAGAAAAGGACCUAAAUCCAGUUUGGAAUGAAAGCUUCUACUUCAACAUUUCUGAAUCGUCCCAUCUCGACAAACUUCGACUGGAUGCCUAUGUCUACCACAGUGUCAAGCCUACCUACUUCAAGACCAAGUCGUUUCUUGGGAAGAUUAGAAUCCCUGGGGAUUCUCUUUCCACAUAUUCUGAUGAUAUUGCCACAGACUUCCUUCUGGAAAAGCGUGGCAUCUUCUCACAUGUGAGAGGAGAGCUCACCCUCAAGGUUUAUGUUACUGGUCCUGAACCAUCAAACAUGUCCUCAUCCACCCCAACAGCUCAAGAACAGUUGAUGACUCAGGGAAUUUCAAAUCCUGCUACACGAAAUGCGGAGGAAGCUGAGACAAGGCACACCUCUCACCGUCUUCCUAAUCCAAGUCAUCAUGAGAACCAACCACGACAACGUCCAGGUGCCCCGCCAUUUUCAAUCAAGGAUGAUACGUGUGGCUUUGCACUUAAGGAGACAAGCCCCAACCUUGGAGGUGGACAGGUUGUCGCUGGCCGUUUUAUUAACGGACCCAAGACUGCAAGCGCCUAUGAUCUAGUUGAACGGAUGGAUAUUCUUUAUGUAAAGGUCGUUAAUGCUCGUGAUCUUCCUUCAAGGGGUGUAACAGGCAGUCUUAAUCCAUUCGUUGAGGUAAAAGCCGGAAACUAUAAAGGGACUACAAAGCACUUUGAAAAGCAGAAAAAUCCAGUAUGGAACCAGGUUUUUGCAUUUUCAAAGGAGAGGAUGCAAAUGCGUGAAUUGGAAGUUUUGAUAAAGCACAAGGAUCCGAGCCAAGAUGAUGACAUUGUGGGGUACGUAACUUUUCCCCUCCAUGUGGUUCCAACAAUAGUCCCACCUGAAAGUCCUCUGGAGCCAAAAUGGUACCCGCUUGAGGGGCAGAGAGUAAGAAGGAUCAAAGGUGAGGUUAUGCUCGCAGUCUGGUAUGGUACCCAAGCAGACACUGCUUUUUCAGAGGCAUGGCAUUCUGAUGCAGUUCCCUUGCAUAGCUCACAGUCACAGAUUGACUCCACAGUAAUACGCUCAAAGAUCUAUCAGGCACCAAGGUUGUGGUACGUGCGAGUUAAUAUAAUAGAAGCACAAGACCUGUUUGUAAGGGAGGAUGACAAUUUGCCAAAUGCAUAUGUCAGGUUAAAGAUGGGAAACCAGGAUUUAAGAACAAAACCAGUUCAGGAUCAGAACCUAAACCCCAUUUGGAAUGAAGAAUUUUUAUUUGUCACGACUGAUGACCCCUUUCCAGAUUUGGUCCUCUCAGUUGAGGAUCGUGUGGGUAAUAAAGACACCCUUAUUGGGAGCGCCUUGAUAAAGCUGCAUGAUGUACAAAUGCGUGUCGAUGACCGCAGCAUUCCCAGCCGGUGGUUUAAUCUAGAAAAGUCGUCGGUUACUGAUCAUCCUGAUGAUGCAACCAAUGAGGUUCUCCUUCAAGAGUCCAACUCCGGAGAUGACACAUUCUCAAGCCGCGUCCAUCUCCGGAUUUGUAUAGAAGGAGGAUACCAUGUAUUCGAUGAGACAGCUUAUUACAGUAGUGAUUUCCGCCCCACAGCGGAGCAGCUCAGGAGGCCGUCCAUUGGGGUUUUAGAGCUCGGAAUUCUAGGUGUUGUAGGGAUUCAACCGAUUAAACCACGUGAUGACAGGGGCACAGCAGAUACAUACUGUGUAGCAAAGUACGGUGAUAAAUGGGUCCGGACAAGAACCAUUGUUGACAACCUGUCUCCAAAAUACAAUGAACAGUACAACUGGGAGGUUUUUGAUCCUGCUACAGUCCUUACCGUAGGGGUAUUUGACAAUAGCGAGCUGCUCAGUGAGGUUCAUGGUGAUUCUAAUACUAAUAAUAGUGGUAAUUACUACAAACACCAGAAAAUUGGGAGGGUUCGAAUUCGCAUCUCAACACUAGAAGUAGGCCGGAUAUACACACACUCAUAUCCACUGGUGGCUCUGCACCCAUCAGGUGUUAAGAAGAUGGGGGAGUUGCAUUUGGCAAUUCGGUUUUUGUGUCCCUCUCUUCUAAACAGGCUUUACAUAUACUCACAACCGCUUCUACCAAAGAUGCACUAUGUAAGCCCAAUCAGUGAUAUGGAGUCUGAUAGGUUACAUUUCCAAGCUGUCAACCUAGUUGCUGCAUGGCUAGUUCAAGAUGAGCUCCCGCUCAGGAAGGAAGUGGUGAGAUACAUGUGUGACAUCGACGUCCAUAUGUUUAGCUUGCGACGGAGCAAAGCAAAUUUCUUCAGGGUUAUGUCGACUUUAUCAGGAUUGUUUGCUCUAUUCAAAUGGUUUAGUGAAAUUUGCAUGUGGAAGAAUCCUAUAAUGACGGUGCUUGUCCAUGUUCUCUUCUUUAUGCUUGUUCGGUUCCCGCAACUAAUUUUCCCCACAAUUUUUAUUUACCUGUUUCUAACUGGGUUAUGGAACUUCCGCUUCCGGCCUCUUUAUCCUCCCCACAUAAGCACAGGCUUGUCAUACGCUGAGUUAGCGCACCCCGACGAGCUAGAUGAGGAAUUUGACUCGUUUCCAACCACUCGGCGUCCGGACAUUGUGAGAAUGAGAUAUGAUCGCUUGAGGAGUGUGGCUGGUAGAAUUCAGACUCUAGCUGGUGAUGUUGCUGUCUAUGGGGAGCGAAUUCAGGCACUAUUAAGCUGGCGAGAUUCGCUAGCUACGGCCCUGUUUGUAACAUUCUGCUUUGUAGCUGCCUUAGUUUUCUAUUUCACGCCAAUCCACGUGGUGGUAGCACUGGCAUGGUUGCUUAUAAUGAUGCCUCCAAGGUUUCGCCGCAGCUGGCCUUCAGGACCAAUCAACUUCUUCCGCAGGCUGCCUGCUAAGGCUGAUAUUUUGUUAUAA